CACAAGAGAAAUUAAGACGACGUCGUUUGGUUUUUGUAUCUCCUCGGAAAUCAAUCCUCUUCCCUCUCAGACCGUGGGAAGGAAUUGCAAACCCUAACCCUAGACUAGAAGAAGGCACCGCAGAUCCAACGUCAUGGCAAUCGCUAGAACCGGAGUCUUCGUUGAUGACUAUUUGGAGUAUGCAAGCACAUUGCCAGCAGAACUCCAGAGGCUUCUUAAUACCAUCAGGGAACUCGAUGAACGUUCUCAAGCUAUGAUAAACCAAACGAGGCAGCAGACUAAGUACUGCUUGGGAGUGGCUUCUCAAGGCUCAAGGAAAGGUAAUAAUAAUACUGAAGAAGAUGAGACAGCAUUCGACAAGAUGAAAAAGGACAUAGAGGCAAACCAGGACAGUGCGUUAAGCCUCUGUACCGAAAAGGUUUUGUUGGCAAGGCAAGCUUAUGACCUCAUAGAUAGCCAUAUAAAGCGUCUCGAUGAGGACCUGACCAGCUUUGCAGAAGAUCUAAAGCAAGAUGGAAAAAUACCACCAGAUGAGCCAGCAAUUCUUCCCCCAUUACCUUUGGUCCCUAAAAUUGAGAAACGCAAAUCACUUUACGGAACACCUCAACAGAAAAGGCCUGAUUACAGGGACAGGGACUGGGACCGAGAGCGUGAUAGGGAUUUUGAGCUCAUGCCUCCUCCAGGUGGCAUUAAGAGGGAGUUUGCUGCCCCUGUUGAUAUUGAUCAACCCAUUGAUCCAAAUGAACCUACUUACUGUGUUUGUCACCAGGUGUCUUUUGGAGAUAUGAUUGCCUGUGACAAUGAAAAUUGCCAAGGAGGUGAAUGGUUCCACUACUCGUGUGUUGGGCUGACUCCAGAGACAAGAUUCAAAGGAAAGUGGUAUUGUCCAACCUGCAGACAACUUCCGCUGUGAACAAGACUCUCGAUGCUAGCUAGCUGCUUGCCAUCCUUGUGAAAUGAUCACUUUUUCUUCUUUUUUUGGGUACUUCGGAAAGUUCUUUGUGAUGAUUACUUCAAGUUUCAACCGAACUACAUCAGGAGUUUGGGUUUGUGUGUGUGUGUUUAAAGGGUUUACUAUACCUCUCCCUAGUCAACAAUUGCCUAGGUGAGUUGGUAGGUGAAGUUACCCUCUUGCCCUCUCUAAAAAAAAAACCCAAACUACAUUGCUUUUGAUCUUGUAUUUAUGGAGUACCAUAGGAAACAAGUAUGGGAAAACUCCAAUCGUGCAUUAGUUAGGAUAUAAAAGUUGUAGUAUUAAUACAAAA